GUCAAAUCAAGAUCACAAAUAUGCCUCCUCUAGGACAUCACUUACGACCUCGGGCGAUUGGGUUGUAUAAAGAAUUACACCGUUUAGGGCGAGAUUAUCCUGAUCCCAAUUAUGACUUUAUCGGAAAGCUAAGGGUGAUGUUCCGAAAGAAUGCUCAUUUAACAGAUGACAAAGAGAUUCAGCAAAAGUUAGACUUGGGCGACUUUGUUCGGAAAGAAACCGAGACGCUAUAUUCAUUGAAGAAAUAUCGUACCCUACGAAGAAGAUAUAUUCAAGACGAUUGAGCUCGCUUUCAAGAACAUAUGUGAUUAUUUAACUGCACUGUAUUUUUAUCAAUUUCGCAACGAAAAUUCAGCAUUCUCUCCUUCUUGUUGUGGUCAUGAAAUUCAACACAAUAGACUUACUAUAGCUCAGAGAAGAUCACCCCACAAAGUAAGCUCCUAUUGGAAUCAAAAUAGCAUGUGGUCAAUGAUGC